UAUUUCCAAAGGGAUAUGUGCCCACUGCCCAGAGACUGGGGUACAGUUAUUUCCAAGAUCUUCUGUAGUUGCUUGGGCUCCUGACCUUCUCUAGUUGGCUGAGAUCCUCACCUUCUCUAAUUGUUUGGGGUCCUAAUCUUCUCUACUUGGCUGAGCUCCUUAUCCUUUCUAGUUGGCUUGGACCUCAUCUUCGCUGUUGGCGCAAAUCCUUGCCUGAAACGCGGCUGGUGAGGCAGGGACUCCAGCGGAGGAUUCUUGCGCGCUGCCUCCGCGUUCGCGUGGUCGCCUGGGGGGCUUCUGCGCCGCUUCUCCCUCUCCUCUUUCCCCCUUCCUCUCCCUCCUCCUCCUCCCCCUCCUCCCGCCUGGCUCUCUCUCACUGUCCUCCUCCCGUGGCGGCGGCGGCGGCGGCGACAACAACAACAGGCGGUUCCCCGGCAGCAGCGGCGGGCGCGGGCGCGUGAAGAACCCCUUCCCCGCCUGGCUGCCGCUUGGCUCCGUGUGUGGCUCCGGCGGGAGGAGCCCGUGAGCGGCGAGGGCGGGCUGCUUCCUCCGCGCGACGGCGGCGGCGGCAGAGUCGGGCGGAGCCGUCUGGGGAGAGCGCGUCUCCCCUCGGCUCCCGCCGCGCCCCGUGGAUGGACGAGCAGCGGAGCCUCCUGCACUCGCCGGCCGCCCCGUCCUCUGGCAGGCAGGCGCGGGGCGGCGGGAGCGGCGUCGUCGGGGCCAGCAGCCACCACAACCUGGGCUACAGUGAGCAGCCCUUCCCCGAGGGCGCCCUCCAGCAGGAAGGGCAGGAAGAGGAGGAGGAGGAGGAGGCGGUGGCGGAGCUGGAGGGGGGCAUGACGGUGGUGGGGGGAGAAGACCCCCUCCUGGACGACACCCAGCACCCCCAGGCCCUGCUGGGAGGCGAGCGCUACGAGCACCCCGGGCUCCACGCCCUGCCCCCCGCCGGCCACCACCUCAUGUUGGGCAGCGGAGGAGGAGGGGGAGGAGGAGGCGAGCACGAAUGCUGCGAGCGGGUGGUCAUCAACAUCUCCGGCCUGCGCUUCGAGACCCAGCUCAAGACGCUGGCCCAGUUCCCCGAGACCCUCCUGGGCGACCCCCGCAAGAGGAUGCGCUACUUCGACCCCCUGCGCAACGAGUACUUCUUUGACCGCAACCGGCCCAGCUUCGACGCCAUCCUCUACUACUACCAGUCCGGCGGGCGCAUCCGACGCCCGGUGAACGUGCCCAUCGACAUCUUCUCCGAAGAGAUCCGCUUCUACCAGUUGGGCGAGGAGGCCAUGGAGAAAUUUCGGGAAGACGAAGGCUUCAUCCGCGAGGAGCAGCGACCUCUGCCCGAGAAGGAGUUCCAGCGCCAGGUGUGGUUACUCUUUGAGUACCCGGAAAGUUCUGGACCGGCACGGGGCAUCGCCAUUGUCUCGGUCUUAGUGAUCCUCAUCUCCAUUGUCAUUUUCUGCCUGGAGACCUUGCCCGAGUUCAGAGAUGACCGUGACUAUGAUACCAUUGCAGGGACAUUUGGGACGGGCGUGGGUCCUUUUGCGGCUGACAUUUUCACGAAUUCUUCUUCCCCUGCAGCCUCCAUGGUGUCGUCUUUUACCGAUCCCUUUUUUGUUGUGGAGACACUGUGCAUUAUCUGGUUCUCCUUCGAGCUGCUUGUCCGCUUCUUCGCUUGUCCCAGCAAGCCCACCUUCUCCAAGAACAUUAUGAACAUCAUUGACAUUGUGGCCAUUAUACCUUAUUUCAUCACUUUGGGGACUGAGUUGGCCGAGCGGCAAGGGAAUGGCCAGCAAGCCAUGUCUCUGGCCAUCCUCAGAGUCAUCCGGCUAGUUAGAGUCUUCCGUAUAUUCAAGCUCUCUCGGCACUCCAAGGGGCUGCAGAUCUUGGGGCAGACCCUCAAGGCCAGCAUGAGAGAGCUGGGCUUGCUCAUUUUCUUCCUCUUCAUUGGAGUUAUCCUUUUUUCUAGUGCGGUCUACUUUGCGGAGGCUGACGAUCCCAACUCGAGUUUCAGUAGUAUCCCUGAUGCCUUUUGGUGGGCUGUAGUGACCAUGACUACCGUGGGUUAUGGGGACAUGCACCCGAUCACAAUUGGGGGCAAAAUAGUCGGGUCUCUCUGUGCCAUAGCUGGGGUGCUGACCAUUGCCUUGCCUGUGCCUGUGAUUGUCUCCAACUUCAAUUACUUCUACCACCGGGAAACAGAAGGUGAAGAACAAGCCCAGUAUAUGCAUGUUGGAAGCUGCCAGCAUCUCUCCUCCACCGAGGAGCUGAGAAAAGCUCGCAGCAAUUCCACGAUCAGCAAGUCAGAGUACAUGGUGAUCGAAGAGGGAGGCAUCAGCAACAGUGCAUUCAAACAGGCUGCCUUCAAGACGGGCAACUGCACAGCCGUAAACAAUCCCAACUGUGUGAAUAUUAAAAAGAUCUUUACAGAUGUUUAAGAGACUCUUCAAGGCUAUAAAUAUAUAUAUAUAAGUAUAUAAAAACACACACACACAUAUAUACAAGAGGGUCUGCAUAAUCAUUGUUGUGAGGAACAUGCACCAUCAUCAGUCUUUGUGCUCUUGUUUCAUAUGUGUACUUUUCUCGUCCUUCCUUCGGAAGAUGAGGAUUUGGGGAAGGUAAACGAACCAAGCAGAUGUUAAGAAAGGAGACAGAUAAGAGGAUUCAAAGACGUACGUUCGUGCCGCUCCCUCCAGGAACAGGUUUUUGUUCUGCGCUGUUUGAUGCGGGGCUUUGGGGAUUUUUUGUUGUUGUCAGCGAACGUGCUUUGUUGUCUGAUUUUGCAAAGAACAGUUCCGUUGCCGACUUUAUGUUCCCUUGCUUGGCUGCACUUGUUGGACAGAAAGUUAGGAAGUGACAGCAAAGUGAACGUCACCAUCUUGCUGACAGACAGUGAGGAAAAAAAAAACAGGUGAUGAUUUUAAUGACACAGCGCAUCUCUGCCAUCCUGUUCUACAAUGAUGCAUAUUGUUGAAACAUCUAAUGUGCAGUCUGUGAGAGUGCAGUCCUGGUUUCUUUAUGUCGGGUUAGAGUCUGUGUGCCACUUGCCCUGGUCAUUUGUCUAAUCAUUUAGAUGGAACAAGAACAAAAACCUCCAUUGUGGUUUUGGGUAUCUUUGGGCCACAAGACCAAAUAAUUGCUUUCCUGAGCCUGAAAAUCUACCUGCAUGGUAUAGUGGAAGAUCUCUCUCCCCAUAGUACAAUGAACAGUGGAUUGUCCGGAACGUGUCCUGAGUGUUUGUGCAUUCCACGUAUCGUGAAUUGCUCCGCUCCUAGUAAAUCUCCGAUGGGCUUUUGGCAGAGACUGCAGCCUCCCCUGGAAACCCUAGUAACAAAAGGGAUGUUUCCAUCCAUUUCCAAUGCAUGCAAGAUAAGCGGUUGCAUCUAUCGCAAGAAGAUUAAAUUGGCAAAUGCGCCCGCCUUGCAGCGGAAGUUACUAAUUUGGACUUGAGUGAUGCAGUUUCCAUAGCAAUUUGGUUUCCUGGGAGACUCCCAGAGGUUGCUAUGGCAUCCGGUCUCUCCCUCCCCCACUCCUGUGCUGUUUCCAUAGCAACCAUUCCAGAUGGUUCCAACUUCUGUGGUUCCACAGAAAAGCCUCUGCUCCGAUAAAUCACACACUCACACACUUACAUACGUGCGGCAGUAAUCCCAGAGAGAUUUAAGUGUGGAAACUACUGAGUGCUAUUCGGUAUGCAUCAUUUUUGGAUGUGCAAAAUUCUUCGUGUCCUGGUGCCAGCCAAAAUCACAAAGACAAGAGAGAAUAUAAAUCGUUCCUCAUGUUUUGAUAGAAACAAAACACCUGUUCCACAAAAAAAACACCAGCAACUCCAAGUUCCUGAAUCUCCUUUACUAUUUGGUACCCCAAUAUUUGAAACUGGGAAUGAUUCCUUACUCAUUGUACCACAUCACCACCAAGGCAAAUAAAAGAUGGCACCAUUCCCAGCUUCCUUCAGGAUGAAACAUUUAUUAAUUCAUGGCGCAUGACCUAGUUUUAUGCAAAAGGACCCUUCAUUUCAAAGCAUGUGUGGCACUGAAGGAGAAGAAGACCCAAACAUUUUGAAAGGAUGCAAAUCUAGGGAAAUAAACACCAAUGAGCCACAAAGUAUGGGGCUGAGAAGUACUUAAACCAUCUGGGGAAUAUAUGUUCAUCUUCUCCCAUCUACACACCUGGGGCUGUAGAGUAUCAGGAAAGACACAGAUCAGAACUAAGGCUCAUGUAGCAGAACAAACCAAAAUUCUGGACAAAUACUGCAGGCCCUGUAGUGGACAGAUGGCAGCAGAGGCGGUCCAACCAUAAGGCGAACUAGGCAUUUGCCUGUGGCGCCAUCGACCCGGGGGCACCAUCGUCCUGGGAGGAGGGCGCCACUCUCCGCCUCCUUCUCCUUCAGGUCUCCUGGCGGCCGCGCUGGGCCUCCCACUGCCCGUGCUGGGCCUUCCGGCCAGCGCGGGCCCGCCUUCACACCACGUGAGCCCACCUUUGGGACCUUCAGAGAUUGUGAGGUCUGUGGGAACUUGGAAGCUAGUGAUUGGUUUGGGGGGGGGGGGGGUGCCAAAAUUCUGUUCGCCUACACUUGAAAAAUACCUAGGGUCGGCUCUGGAUGGCAGUACUGGUAUGCAGCAGGUACCUGGUUUUCUUCUACCACACAGCUCAAGCUUGAACUCUACAGGGCUCUGCAACCUACAACCUUCCUGAUGUUUUGGAUUAUGGCAUCCAUAAUCUCUGACUGCUGGCCAUGCUGGUGAGGGCAGUUGAGAGGUGUAAUCCAAAAUGCAGAGUGGUGCACUCUCUUUCAUGAUAGUUUUUAAAUUAAGGUUGGAUGGCCAUUAUGGAUGUAAAAUUUCAGGAAAUUUGAAACCAUGGGGGCACUGUGGGGAAAAAUGAAAAACAAAACAAUUGAUGAGGGAAUAGAAAUGUUCCGAAAAACCAUAAAACUGGACUAGAAUCUUUUACAAAUUGAAAAUAACUUUGUUAUUUUAGGAAUAUGAAAUUUAUUAUUGUACCAUUAUGUUUGGCAUGACAUUUUGUUUGGGAUAUUAAGAGUUCAGAUCAAGUAACUGUUACAAACUAAUUUCUCUUUUAAAAUUCAUUUUUAUGGAGCUACCGUGUUUCCCCGAAAAUAGGACAGUGUCUUAUAUUAAUUUUUGCUGCCAAAGAUGCGCUAGGUCUUAUUUUCAGGGGAUGUCUUAUUUUUCCAUGAAGAAAAAUUCACAUUUAUUGUUGAACAAAAAAAUGAACAUUUAUUAUAUACUGUGCAGUAGUUGUCAUCACAAACCAGCAUAACCAGACAAACUGUGAAUCCUAUCAAGAAUUUCUUAUUAUUACCAAUAUUUCCAUGUACAACACUCUAUGGUACGUACAUUUACCGAUCCUGCAUGCUCUGUUGUUCUGUUCGGCGAGCAUGCUUCCAAACAAAAACUUUGCUAGGUCUUACUUUUGGGGGAGGCCUUAUAUUUAGCAAUUCAGCAAAACCUCUACUAGGUCUUAUUUUCUGGGGAUGUCUUAUUUUAGGGGAAACAGGGUACUAGGUGUUGAUCUGUAAGCAGUCUCUUUGGUUUAUUAGGCAUAAUAAAAUUUAUUAGGUAUAAUAAAAAAUUCAAUAAGAACAGAAUAAUAUCUACAUUAGUAAAACAUACAGAAUUGUUAUGUUUUCUCUAAGCUUCCAUAGAGUCAUUCCCAUAAAAAAGAACUGAGAUAAGGAUAACAAGGCUAGGAAUUGCGAUGAACAUAUACUGUACACUGUUGUUUUCUUCUUCUCUCUCUUUGCUACCACUUUAUUUAUACUCCAACUUUCCAUCAAAAUUGGGACUAAAAAUAUUACGUAAUAGCUAGAAAUAACUUGUGUGGGCCUAAAUUUGGCCAUAUUCUAAAGUAUUUAUGGGGGGGGGGGCACACAGUUUUUUUCCUGAAUGUUUCUGUCCUCCCCUCUCCACUGCUUUGUAGCUCUAAUGGCCACCUUUCAGGGAUACUUUGAGCAUGGAUUUAUGCACUGGAAGAUAACUUGAGUGCUGUCUUCCAGUUCUGUGAAAUUAUGAUAAACCUUUCAAACACAUAGCUAGAAUUAUUCCAAUACAAAUGUAGGCUACCUAUUGCCUUCAGUUGUUUUGCUUACAGCUCUCAUAAUCUCUGACCAAUUGUCAUGAUGACAAGAGGUUAUAGAAGGUGUUGUUCAGAUUACCCGUUCCUGCAUUACCAAAUGUACAUUAUGCCAACUCAGGCCUGAAAGCCUUUUGGUAUUAGGGUUCUUGUACACCAUGUAAAGUUUUGAAGAAGAGGUACUUCAGAAGAUAUACAUGUUGUACUGGAAUUCAGGAUUUUAUCGAAAGUAAAAUGUAAGUAUAGUAAAAACCUGUGCUUUAUAUUUCAGAAAAGCUGAAUUUAAUAAAUUCAGGAUGUAUCCAAAAAGUCAUUGUCAAGAAGUUCAUUCUAGUGUUCCAUCAAAAUCUACCCCCCUGUAACUUAAAACUGUUAGAUCUAGUUCUACCCUCUGAGAGUACAUUUUCAGUGUAUAAUUAAUAUAUAGUACCACUUUAACUGCCAUAGAUCAAUGUUAUGGAAUCAUAGGGUCUUUAAUGUUCUAUGCUCAAGAGUGGGCAAUGUCUCCCUAAACUACAAGUUCCAGGAUUCCAACAUAUGGAGCCAUGGCAGUGAAAGUGGAGUCAAACUGCAGUUUCACACCCUGGGACAGCUAUGGCAUUUGUUGAGCAUUUAAAGAAUACAAUCAUAUCCUUCAGUCUUCUUUUCUCUAAGCUAAACAUUGCCCGCUCUUUCAACCUGUCCUCAUAUGUUCUGUUUUCAUACCUAUUUUAAUCUUUGUUGUCCUUCUGUGAACUCACGCCAAACUUGUCCAAAUUUUUCUUCAAAUGAGGUGCCCAGAACAGAACAUACUUACUCCAGGAUCAAAGAGGCAUCCUAGUGUGAUCAAAUUAAGACCUUCUUGUGGAGCCAGGCCUUCCAGAUGAAUGAUAAAAGGCAACUACCAGUUAGCGGCAGAUAACAGAAGAUGUCUCAGUAAGUGCAACAGAACUCCAAUCAGCUUCUUAAGUAUUUAUCAAAAGAUCCAUCACCGAGAACAGAAAAAAGUCAUGCUCUGAACUGAAGGACAAUCUGCCCUCUUGUGUCUCAGUAUUUUAACUUGUGGUGGUAAAACAAGUUCUUGCCUUUCUGUCUUUUCUAACAAGUGCAUUAUGUAGAACUGAACGUGUUUUGUGUCACCAAGAGAAAAUGAAAUGCAAUAUUGUGAGCAAGAUCCAAACUGGGUAAGAGGAGUAUAACUGUUUGGACAAUGUUCUUGCCUUCAUAAAACUUCUCAUGCAAGCUUCAGUGACUAGAAAUUAAAUAUACAUUGAGCUGCUAAUAAACCUACCAAAUGUGUCAACUGUAAAACAUCCCAUCUGUUUUCUUUUGCACCAGCUUAUUUUGGGCUGUAACAAAAAAUGAAUAAUUGUUAUCUGUUCUGUUUUUAAUAACAACCCCCCCCCCCCCCCAGUUACAUGUGUGUUGUUUCUAAAGUGAUACCUUUGUUAUCAAAUGCAUCCCUGCUUGUUUUAGUCUUUGUAUACAAAGAGAUAUUAGUUAUUUAAAUGAUUCCCCAAAUAUCUUUGAAAAGCUUUAAUAGGUGUGCCUUGUUUGCAGCAUUGAUUUAAAUAUGGAAAAUAUUUAAAGUUCCCAAACUUUUUUGGCCAUUGAAGCCUUCAGGAGAUUUUUUUUUUAUUUUAAGACUCAGAUUAAUUUCAGUGCCAACAAUAGAAAAAAAAGACACACACACACACACACACACACACACACACAGAACCUGUGAUUCUAAGAUGCACCCAGUUCUGCAUCAUUUUACACCAAUUCCAAUUCAACUCACGAUUUCCUCUCUAACAUCUAGCUGUUGAGUAAAUUUUAUUCUGAUAUUUUAUUAACAAUAUCCAAAAUCCUUAUUAUCUCAAAAACCGUACAAGAAAGAUUUUUUUUAAAAAAAAGAAACGUGGAAUUGAUGUGAAAAAUCAAUGUGUAAAUCGUUCUUGUAAAAGGUUGAAACAUGGAGCCAGUAGCUACAUCCCUGACAUAAAUAGUUGUAGCACAAAAUAGCACUGACAGUGAUUGUGAAUCAAAUCGUUGGCCUUGUGUGGUUUUAUUUUAAAAAUUCAUAUUAAAUUUUGAUAUUUUAAGAUUA